CCGUAACUUUGACAGCUGGCUGCAGCUGGACGCCGCUGUCCGCGCGCAACUAUCCAUCCAGCCAGGACGCGCACCCGCUCCCCGGUCGCAGCCUCUGCCCAGGGGCUCCACAGCUACCAAUUAGAACAGCUGGGACCAGGGAUGCGCGCUCAAUUAACGUAAUCUCUUUUUCUUUUUGUCGUCCUAAAAGAACCCCCUGUCCUCCGUCACAAUUCCCCCCCAAAGCGGCUCCGCGGGUUUCCUCUCGUCCGUUCGUCCCCGAGCCGCGCGGAGGAAGUGCUGGCUGGUCCUUGUGCUGACCGCCGCCGCGAUGCUUCUGCUGGCUCUGGCCGUCGCUGUCCCGUUACUGCUGCUCCGCACCUCGGACACCUCCGCUCAUUACUACGAAAUGAUGGGCACCUGUCGGAUGGUUUGCGACCCGUACACCCCAAAACCGGGAGGCGCCACCGCCAUGGAGGUGAUCCAGAACGUAAACGGUAUCGCUCCGCAGCCGCCGAUGGCGCAGGGGAGCCGCGGGGAGCCGGGGCGACCGGGUAAACCGGGAUCUAGGGGCCCGCCGGGAGAACCAGGACCCCCGGGUCCGAGGGGGCCACCGGGUGAGCGCGGCAGCGGUAAACUCGCCUUCCCCGCGGUAACUGGACCUGUUGGGUCCGAGAACGGCGAGACGGACGGUGUGAACUCCACGGCCAACAGUUUGAGGAUCGCUUUCUACGUCGGUCUGAAGAACCCACAUGAGGGAUACGAGGUGUUAAAGUUUGACGACGUGAUCACAAACUUGGGGAACCAGUACGAUGCGAGCACCGGGAAGUUCACCUGCCAUGUGUCCGGGAUCUAUUUCUUCACCUACCAUGUGUUGAUGCGGGGAGGAGACGGGACCAGCAUGUGGGCCGACCUGUGCAAAAACGGACAGGUACGAGCCAGUGCCAUAGCUCAAGAUGCAGACCAGAACUACGACUACGCCAGCAACAGCGCCGUGCUGCACUUGGACUCGGGAGACGAGAUCUACGUCAAACUGGACGGCGGCAAAGCUCACGGAGGCAACAACAACAAGUACAGCACCUUCUCCGGCUUCAUCUUAUACCCCGACUAAACGCAGCACAGCAGGUUCCAUGGACAGUAAUCAUCACUAAAAAACUGUUUCCAUCGAAGUAUAUGGUCCAAUAUGUUUCUCCUCUUUUGAAGAUAGGUGCCACGACACACAGGUGUAUCUGCAACUGUAUGUUCUUUUGAUUUAGUGAGAGACCUUUUGUAUAUGUGUUUGAUUUAACUUAAGGUCAACAGCUCUACCGUCAUCAGAGUUCGUAUCUUAAUACUGCCGACCUACAGUACACGCUGAGAAAGCAUCAUGUUUCUUAAGUUCCUCUGUAUGAAGGUGAACACAUUUCUAAAAUGCUUUGGGGGAAAUGAGCCCCAGCACAACACAUUUCAUGGCAACUUCAGUGGAAUCACAAUGAUCAGUGGAUUCUUUGCGGGGUAAAUACCAGACCUUCCUCACCAAAAAAAUAAAGAUCGUCUGUGCAUGCAGCUUGUUUUACGACCCAUAUUUAUGUUUAUUGUCAGGCAGCAACCUCUAUUGGCCGUAGUAAUUAUGGCGGGAGCAAAGGCGGAAAUCAGGUGACGCAGUAUAAAAAGGGACAAAUGUAAGUCCGCUUUGGGAGGAGGUAUGGGUCAAACAAAUACAGUUUACUUUCCCUCAGAAGAUGGCUGUUCGUGUCGUGUGAAACCAAAAAUCAACGUUGAUUUAUUUGAUCCUACGGGCGUAAGUCACAUGACAAACAUACUUAUUUUAACCCAAAACAUGAUCUUUCCUAAACCUAACCAAGUAGUUUUGUUGCCUAAACUUAAUCAAGUAGUUUUGUUUCACAACGUUAACCACGUGUUUAAUUUGCGACCAUUUCACAAUGUUGAAUAGAACGGUCAUAUGUCGUUUUGGUGGUCAUUUGCGAACCACCUAUUCGGACAGGAGUCAAUACGUCAUUUCAUUAAACAGUGAAUUUACUGUCCUGUUAGCGACGAAGCUAACAAGUUUGGGACUGAUAGUGAGUAAGCCAGCUAGCUUGGAACAAAAUGCUAAGGGGAGUAAACAGCACAGAGAAGCUCAGAAAGCUUUUGUGACUCACUAGCGCUAGCAUGUUCCAGGCUGGCUAGCAUAUUAGUAGUUAGCUUGCCAGUUAAAUUAGUUCACAGACGUCAUCAAGCUUCUCCAACCAAAUAUUUUGCGUAGAUGCGAGGAUGUGCCACUUUCUGGUGCGACCAGGGCUAAAAUACUGACCCUUACAGCCACAUGCAGGGGCGUCGGACUGGGGGGAAAAAGGGGACUGAGUACCCAGGGCCCUCAUGUGAGGAGGACCCAAAAAGAUGCUAGAAUGAAUAGCUGUGGAUGCAGGGAGGGGCCUACGCCCCUGGCCACAUGAAUUACUUUCAUUCUCCAGUUUGUCUUUUUUAUUGCCCACAAGUAAGCACAUCAUCAGUAUUGAUGGCAAAAUGGGAGCAACAACUUCAACAGGUACACCUUUCUCUCCAUACUUCACCUGACAUGCACCUUAACUGGAUAAGCUGGACCUGUGGUAGAAGAUACGAUCAGUUAAAAUGGUGUGACGUAUGAAGUAUGAAAUGACGUGAUGAAGGUCAGUGGAACACAUUCUAAACGCAUUAGAUAAGAUGCAAAAAGUCUAGGCCAUUUUAAUAUCUAUAGCAAGCAAAAUCAUGGUGCUUUGAGUAGUGUCCAAUGUUUCACUAAAUAACCCAAUAACCACACAUGAAAGAUACAAACGGAUGUCUUGCAUCGUUAUUGACUCGGUUAUAUUUUGUUGUCAUAUAUGCAAAUAAAUAUUGUGUUACAAACGUU